AUCAAUAUUGAUUCUUUAUAGUACAUAAAUUAUGCUAAUAACAAGUCUUUAUAAAUAUACAAAUGUCUUAUUAUGUCUAUUUUUAUCUAAAUCACAUUAUCACAGGUGUUUGACGAUUGAUAAUAAUGAUGUCAAUGUGGGUAGUUAGUGGCACCGAUGAAAAUGACUGUUAAAUGAAAGUAGAAACCGUUUAAAAUUUUCAGUCACUUGGAGCUAUUACGGACUUCAUUUUAUGAAUUGGGGGAAAACGAGUCUGGAUUCUUCAAUAGUCAAUACGUAUGAAAAUAAUCAAAAUAAAUCUCACAAUGGAUUUGAAAAAAGAGAGAAGAGAAGGAGAAUUCGAAAGCUCCAAGAUGCCGUCCUUCAAAAGGACAGAGAUAAAAUACAGGAAUUACUGAAGGAGGAUUUCGAAGUUGAUUUCCAAUACAGAGGUCAAACAGCUCUUCAAUUAGCAGUGAAGGAGGGUGAAUAUGAAAUUUGUCACAAACUGGUGGAAAAGGGAGCAAAUGUCAAUGUUUGUGAUGCUCAGAAAAACAGUAUCUUAAACACAGCAUGCUGGAAAGGGCAUACAGAUAUUGUAAAAUUACUUGUAAAAAAUGGUGCAGAUCUCAAUGCUCAAAAUGAUCAUGAAUCAAGCCCACUAUAUACAGCUACAUAUAAAGGACACUUGGAUAUUGUCAGCAUCCUAGUGGAAGCACGUUGUGACCUUAACCUCCAAAAUAUUCAAGGUCAAUCCCCGUUACAUGCUGCAGUGAAGAAUGGACAUAUUGGUUGUGUGCACAAGCUGCUGGAUGCUGGAUGUGACGUUAACUUUAUUGAUACAGAUUACAAAUCUCCUCUCAUGGUGGCCAGUGAGUUAGGUUUUACUGAAGAGGCAAACAUUCUUCUUCGAAAAGGGGCAUCUGUAAAUUUAAUGGAUAGAUCUGGUGAAACAGCCAUUUUAUUGGCUUCCAAUCAAGGCCAUAGUGAUAUUAUCAAAGAACUGUCGAAUUAUGGAGCAGAUGUAAACUUAACAACAACCAAUGGGCGAGUACCUCUCAUAGAGGCUAUAACAGGAUUUCAUUGGAAGGCAGCCACAGCACUGAUCCUGGGUGCAGCAGAUGUCAAUAAGACAGACAAACACAAACAAGCUCCGAUUCAUGCAGCCAUCAGACAAGUUUCCAGUGUGUUUGGUAGAGAGUUCGACCAGCAGGCCAUGGACAUUGUGAAGAGUCUAAUCAACAGAGGGGCUGACAUCAAUAAACAGGAUUCACAGGGCUGGACAGCUCUGUAUCAGAGUGCCUUUGCAGGAAACUUAGAGUUAUCAACCCUGUUGUUGGACCAGAAGGCUGAUAUAACUAGAGCAACAACCUCUGGUGAUACAGUUCUACAUGCUGGUGUCUAUGGAAACAAUGCAACAAUUGUUGAUGUAUUGAUAGCAGCUGGGUGUGGAGUAAAUGAAAUGAACAAGAAAGGGGAGCAUUCUUUGUUUUCGGCUGUUUUGUCUAGAGUGGACAUUAAGAUAGUUGGGGCAUUGAUAAAAGCUGGGAGUAACCUGAACUUAAAAGAAAAAUCUCAGCAGUUAUCACCUCUGCAUGAAGCGAUAAUUCAACAUUACACAGAGGCUGCUCUCCUGCUGUUAGACUCAGGCUGUGAUGUCAAUGCUAGAAAUUCCAAAGAUCAGACUCCACUUUAUACAGCAUGCGAGAAGGGUAACAUACAGGUUGUUGAGCGACUGCUGUCUAUUCCUGCUGUCAACACCAAGGGUACCAAACCCUCCACCAUCCCUCUCCAUAUAGCCACUAUGAACAACUUCUCCCACAUUGUACAACAGCUGAUCGAUGCUAAUUGUGACAUACAUCUAAUGAAUGAGAAAGGAAUGACUCCAAUUAUGGUGGCCUCUCGUGAAAACAGCACCAAGGUUGCUAAAGUGUUGCUCAAAAAUGGCUGCGAUCUAAACUCCCAUUGUAGGGAGAAGAAGCUGAUGGUGUGCUGUGUUCUUUACCAAGACUCUCACCCCCACUUUGACGUGGAACCUCUAUUUUUAACACUUACUCACAAAAACAUUGAAUUAAUGAAACUGUAUCUAAAAUGUUACAGAAAAUUGCCAGUGAAUGUUAUCAAAAUUUUAUCCAGUAUUUUGAUGACUUCACGAGAAUUAAGCAUGCAUAUUUCUGCGAGAGAGAAGAAAGAAAUUGUUGAGAUUUUUUCAAAUAGUUUGAAAUUUCCCAGAUCAUUGCAAGAAAUCUGCUGUUGUCAUAUCAGAGAGUAUGUGAAAUACCCAUUCCUUAAAAAUGUACAGACCUUGCCCAUUGCAAGUAAACUGAAGGACUACAUCAAAAUGGAAGAUUUUUUGUCUAUUUCUAGUGAAGGAGACGAAGAUGAGGAACUGACACAUGCUGGGAAAUUUACAUUUGUUGGCAGAAAAAUGCCUUAUUCAUUGUAAACAAUUAUACUGAUUUGAGAAGUGAAAGGUUGUUUAUCCUGUAAUUAAAUCAUGAUUAUUUUUUUGUAUGA